CCGGGUGAGCAGGCCAGCUGGGCUAUGGUUUGGUGCCUCAAUCUGGCAAUCUUCAUCCUGGUCGUCAGCCAGGGGGCUUACGGUCGAGGGAAGCCUGAGGUGGUGUCAGUGGUGGGCCGGGUUGGGGAGAGCACGGUGCUGGGCUGCGACCUCCUGCCCCCGGCCGGCCGGCCCCCCCUGCAUGUCAUCGAGUGGCUGCGCUUUGGAUUCCUGCUUCCCAUCUUCAUCCAGUUCGGCCUCUACUCUCCCCGCAUCGACCCCGAUUACGUGGGGCGAGUCCGGCUCCAGAAGGGGGCAUCACUCCAGAUCGAGGGGCUGCGGGCGGAAGACCAGGGCUGGUACGAGUGCCGCGUGCUCUUCCUGGACCAGCACCGCCCCGAGGACGACUUUGCUAACGGCUCCUGGGUGCACCUCACCGUCAAUUCACCUCCUCAGUUCCUGGAGACCCCUCCCCCGGUGCUUGAAGUCCGGGAACUGGAGCCUGUGACCUUGCAUUGUGUGGCCCGUGGGAGUCCCCAGCCUCACGUGACUUGGAAGCUCCGUGGACAGGACCUUGGUCAAGGCCAGCGCAGCAUCUUCCUUCCCCAGGUGCAGAAUGGGACCCUGUGGAUCCGGCGCGCUGAGCGGGGCAGCUCUGGGGUCUACACCUGCCAGGCCUCCAGCACCGAGGGCAGCGCCACCCAUAGCACGCAGCUGCUGGUACAAGGACCUCCUGUCAUUGUGGAGCCCCCCAAGAACACUACGGUCAAUGCCUCCCAGGAUGUUUCCUUGGCCUGCCAGGCUGAGGCAUACCCAGCAAACCUCACCUACAGCUGGUUCCAGGACAGCAUCAAUGUCUUCCACAUCAGCCGCCUGCAGUCCAGGGUGCGGAUCCUGGUGGACGGGAGCCUGCGGCUGGAGGCUGCCCAGCCUGAUGAUGCCGGCCACUAUACUUGUGUACCCAGCAAUGGCCUCCCGCGCUCGCCCUCGGCCUCUGCCUACCUCACUGUGCUCUAUCCAGCCCAGGUGACAUCGAUGCCUCCUGAGACACCCCUGCCUGUAGGCAUGCGUGGGGUGAUCCGGUGUCCUGUUCGUGCCAACCCCCCUUUGCUCUUUGUCAGCUGGACCAAGGAUGGCCAGGCUCUGCUGCUGGACAAGUUUCCUGGCUGGUCCCAGGGCACAGACGGCUCACUGAUCAUUGCUCUGGGGAAUGAGGACGCCCUGGGAGAAUACUCCUGCACGCCCUACAACAGCCUUGGCACGGCAGGGCCCUCUCCAGUGACCCGAGUGCUGCUCAAGGCCCCCCCAGCUUUUGUCAAACGGCCCAAAGAAGAGUAUUUCCAGGAAGUGGGGCGGGAGCUGCUCAUCCCCUGCUCUGCUCAAGGAGAUCCCCCUCCUACUGUCACUUGGACCAAGGUGGGCCGAGGGCUGCGGGGCCAGGCCCAGGUGGACAGCAACAGCACCCUGAUCCUGCGGCCACUGACCAAGGAGGCCCACGGGCGAUGGGAGUGUAGUGCCAGCAAUGCUGUCACCCGAGUGACCACCUUCACGAAUGUCUACGUGCUGGGCACCAGCCCCCAUGUUGUCACCAACGUGUCUGUGGUACCUUUAGCCAAGGGUGCCAAUGUCUCCUGGGAGCCUGGCUUCGAUGGUGGCUAUCUGCAGAGAUUCAGUGUCUGGUACACCCCCCUGGCCAAACGUCCUGAGCGAGCCCACUAUGACUGGGUGUCCCUGGCAGUGCCCGUGGGAGCGGCUCAUCUCCUGGUGCCAGGGCUGCAGCCCUUCACGCAGUACCAGUUCAGUGUCCUGGCUCAGAACAAGCUGGGCAGUGGGCCCUUCAGUGAGAUCGUCUUGUCUACUCCCGAAGGGCUGCCUACGACACCAGCUGUCCCUAGUCUUCCUCCAACAGAGGUGCCACCUCCUCUGUCCCCUCCCCGCAGUCUGGUGGCAGUGAGGACACCCCGAGGGGUGCUCCUUCACUGGGACCCUCCAGAAUUGGUCCCCAUGAAGCUGGAUGGCUAUGUCCUGGAGGGCCGGCAAGGCAGCCAGGGCUGGGAGGUGCUGGAUGGGGCUGUGAGAGGCACGGAAAUGCAGCUGUUGGUGCCGGGUCUCAUUAAGGACGUCCUCUAUGAGUUCCGCCUCGUGGCCUUUGCUGGUAGCUAUGUCAGUGAUCCCAGCAACACUGCCAACGUCUCCACUUCUGGCCUGGAGGUCUACCCCUCGCGCACGCAGCUGCCAGGCCUCCUGCCUCAGCCCGUGCUGGCCGGCGUGGUGGGUGGUGUCUGCUUUCUGUGCGUGGCUGUGGUCGUGAGCAUCCUGGCCGCCUGCUUCAUGAACCGGCGCAGGGCUGCCCGGCGUCGCAAGCGCCUUCGCCAAGAUCCACCUCUUAUCUUCUCUCCGCCCAGGAAAUCAACCCCUCACUCUGCUCCGGGCUCGGGCAGUCCUGACAGCGUGGCAAAGCUGAAGCUCCAGGGCUCCCCUGUCCCCAGCCUGCGCCAGAGUCUGCUCUGGGGAGAGCCCACCGGACCGCCCGGCCCCCCUCCGGAUCCUCCACCCAGCCGGGUGCCCUUACCCUUGGAACCCAUUUGUCGGGGACCAGAUGGGCGCUUUGUGAUGGGGCCUAAUGUGGAGCCCCCCAAAGAAAGGCCAAUCACAGAGCGGCUGGAACCUCGGACACCAGCCCAGAGUCAGGCUCUGUCCUUUGACUGUAGUAGCAGCAGUCCCAGUGGGGGCCCCCAGCCUCUCUGCAUUGCAGACAUCAGCCCUGUGGGCCCCCCUCCAGCAGCUCCACCCAGCCCCCUGCCUGGUCCAGGCCCCCUACUCCAGUACCUUAGCCUGCCUUUCUUUAGGGAGAUGAAUGUAGAUGGGGACUGGCCUCCCCUGGAGGAACCCAGCCCCACUCCACGUCCAGAUUACAUGGAUAUAAAGCCCUGCCGUACCUCAUCCCUCCUUAGACCCCUGGACUCCCCUCCUAUUUCCCCCAAGGCAACACUCCCUGGGGCUCUGCUAGGGGCUGCCCCCUCGGAGACCCCUUACACAGCACUGACUGACUGGACUCUGAGGGAGCGGCUGCUGCCAGGCCUCCUCCCUGCUGCCCCUCGGGGCAGUCUCACAAGCCAGAGCAGUGGGCGGGGCAGUGCUUCCUUCCUGCGGCCCCCCUCCACAGCGCCUUCUGCGGGAGGCAGCUACCUCAGCCCCCCACCAGGGGAUACCAGCAGCUGGGCCAGUGGCCCUGAGAGGUGGCUUCGAAGGGAGCACGUUGUGACAGUCAGCAAGAGGAGGAACACAUCUGUGGAUGAGAACUAUGAGUGGGAUUCAGAAUUUCCUGGGGACAUGGAACUUCUGGAGACUUUACCCCAGGGCUUGACAGGCUCCCGGACUCGCUCUGAAGCUGAGCCGGAACUAGGUAUUAAGACCUUAGAUGAGGCUUGUCCCCUGAACACGGCUUAUGCGUCUGGCCCAGAGGCCCGCUGUGCUGCCCUUCGAGAAGAAUUCCUAGCCUUCCGCCGCCGCCGAGAUGCCACGCGGACCCGAUUCCCAGUCUAUCGACAGCCAGUCUCUCACCCAGAACAGGCUACUCUGCUGUGA